UCGUUGCACCCACGCGUCUUGUACACACAUGUGAGUUUUCGUCAUAGUGCAGGAAAGGAGUUUCACGCGGAGUGGUGUCAGCCUUUGUCUACCCUCCCUGAAACUGAGAAUUUGGUGCCACUUGUUCAUGGUCUUGAGGAGGUAGUGUGUGACGUGGUGAUGGGCAGACUGAGGAAGAAGCACAACUGGAAAGGGAGGCAGCAGGGUGAUGCACAGCCCCCGUCUGAGGAAAAGAAAACUGAUGUGGUGGUGGAGCUCAAGGAUGGUGACGUCUUGAAGGGAGUAGAUGAGAGUAAUGCACUGAUCCUCCCAUCCACUAAAACAAAGAAGAAGAAAGUUCCUGAGAAACACACCCUUAAGAAGCAGCCCCUGACCAAGAAACAGAAGAAGCACCUCCAGAAGGUCUUGGAUCUCAAGGAGAAGAAAGCGCAGCGAGCGGACGUCCUGACCAAACUGGCAGAGGUCCAGCUGCCUGACUCUGAGAUGAGGAUGCUGUACACCACCUCUAAGCUAGGCACUGGGGACAAGCUGUACCAGAGCAAGAAGCAUCUCGAAGAGGUGCAUGAUGGGAUGUCAGAGAUAGGGAAGAUCAACAGUCUGAGUGGAGCCAACCGCAAAAGGAAGAGAUGGAAAGAGGAGGAGGAGGAGCAGGAGGAGAAGGGAGCUGAAGAGAGCGAUAGCACUGGUUCCUCCUCUGAAGAGGAAGAGGAGGGUGAAAAGUUGGAGGCCAUGGACAUCCAUACAUCUGAGGAGCCAGCAGUUUCCUCGGCUGAGACAGUGACAAGCCAAGUGAAGGAACAGCCCACUGAAAAACAGGCCGUUCCACUCCCAAAACCAAAGAAGGAGCCCUCCCAGCCAGCAGUCUUCAUACCUGUGGAUAGGCUGCCGGAGAUCCAGGAAGCGCGUUUGAAGCUGCCAGUGCUGGCAGAGGAGCAAGUGAUCAUGGAGGCGGUGAAGGAGAACAUGUGUACAGUGCUGUGUGGAGAAACUGGCAGUGGCAAGACCACGCAAGUCCCACAGUUCCUGUAUGAGGCCGGAUAUGCCAGUGGAGACGGCAUCAUUGGCAUCACGGAGCCCAGAAGAGUGGCUGCAGUCAGCAUGUCCCAGAGAGUGGCCAAGGAGAUGAACCUUUCCGCUCGGGUGGUGUCUUACCAAAUCAGAUAUGAGGGAAAUGUGACAAGCGAUACCAAGAUCAAGUUCAUGACUGAUGGUGUGCUGCUGAAGGAGAUACAGAAGGAUUUCUUGCUGCAGAAGUACAACGUGAUCAUCAUUGAUGAAGCCCAUGAGCGCAGCGUGUACACUGAUAUUUUGAUAGGCCUGCUCUCUCGCAUCGUGCCUCUCAGAAACAAGAAAGGCCAUCCCAUGAAGCUGCUGGUGAUGUCAGCCACUCUGCGCAUCGAGGAUUUCACGGAAAACCGGAAGCUCUUCCCUGUGCCGCCACCAGUGAUCAAGGUGGAUGCGCGACAGUUCCCGGUCACUGUCCACUUCAACAAGCGCACCCCCAUGGAGGACUACGCUGGGGAAGCCUUUCGCAAGACCUGCAAGAUCCACCGCAUGUUACCCCCUGGUGGAAUUCUUGUGUUCCUCACUGGGCAAGCUGAGGUCCACUCGGUAUGUAGGAGGCUAAGGAAAGCCUUCCCUUUCCGUCCCAACCGCAUGGAGGCAGAAACAGAGGAGAAGGACAGUGCAGAAGACAUGAGGCAGUUCAAGAAGGCCAAACAGAAGAAGACAGUGUCCUUGCCCCGCAUUGACCUGGACAACUAUUCUGCCAUGCCAGUGGAUGAGGGGGAUGAGGACCGCCAGGCUGGCAUCGGUGAUGAGGAGGAGGGGUCUGACUUAGACCUGGAGCUAGGGGACGACCCUGGAGACUCAGAAGAGAAGACAGACCCCUCACUCCCCCUCUAUGUCCUUCCUCUCUACUCUCUCCUGGCUCCUGAGCAACAGGCUAAGGUGUUCCGCCCUCCGCCAGUUGGCACCCGAUUGUGUGUGGUUGCCACCAACGUGGCCGAGACUUCCUUGACCAUUCCAGGCAUCAAGUACGUGGUAGACUGCGGUCGUGUCAAGAAGCGGUUCUACGACCGCAUCACUGGGGUCUCCUCCUUCAAAGUCACAUGGACUUCUCAGGCCUCAGCCAACCAGAGGGCAGGGCGAGCAGGCCGCACAGAGCCAGGCCACUGUUAUAGGCUCUAUUCCUCUGCAGUGUUUGGUGACUUUGAGGAAUUCUCAGAGGCCGAAAUCACACGACGACCGGUGGAUGACCUGGUCCUGCAGAUGAAAGAUCUCAAUAUCGAAAAGGUGGUGAACUUCCCUUUCCCCACACCCCCCUCCAUGGAAGCCUUGGUGGCCGCCGAGCAGCUGCUUGUGUCCCUGGGAGCGCUGGAAGAGCCGCCGCGAUCUGGCAGGCUGAAGGAGAUGGAGAGGGCACGCCUCAGCUGUCCCAUAACCCCCCUGGGUCGAGCUAUGGCCUCCUUCCCCGUGGCGCCACGCUUCGCCAAAAUGCUGGCACUGGGGAAGCAACAGGACUGCCUGCCUUACGUUAUCACUGUGGUGGCAGCCAUGACUGUCAGGGAGAUCUUUGAGGAGCUAGACAGGCCUGCAGGCAGCGAAGAGGAGAACUCAAAGCUGGCAAAGAGGAGAGCGCGUCUGGCCCAGAUGAGGAGGCUCUGGGCAGGGCAGGGGGCAUCGCUGCAGCUGGGAGACCUCAUGGUCAUGCUGGGCGCGGUGGGGGCCUGUGAGUAUGCUGGUUGCACCCCAAAAUUUUGUGAGGAAAACGGGCUGCGCUACAAAGCCAUGCUGGAGAUCCGCCGAUUGAGAGGCCAGCUCACAACAGCAGUGAAUGCCAUCUGCCCCGAGGCAGGGCUGUUUCUGGAUUCAAAGAUGGCGCCCCCUACAGAGAGCCAGGUGCGGUGCUUACGGCAGAUCGUGCUAGCUGGGCUUGGCGAUCACCUGGCACGUCGGGUGCAAGCUGAGGAGCUGCUGGACCCCAAGUGGAGGAAUGGGUACAAGACUCCACUCUUGGAUGAUCCAGUAUUCAUUCACCCGUCCUCAGCUCUGUUCAAGACACUACCAGAGUUUGUGGUGUAUCAGGAAGUGACGGAGACCACCAAGAUGUACAUGCGAGGGGUGUCAGCAGUGGAGUGUGACUGGAUCCCUCAGCUCCUGCCACAGUACUGCCAUUUUGGGAAACCUCUGGAAACCCCCCCUCCACGAUUCUGUCCUGAGACUGGACGGGUCAAGUGCCACUGCGAUAGCACCUUUUUUCGUGUUGGCUGGAAGCUUCCUGCUGUUGAGAUGGAUUAUCCAGAAGGCCUGGAGCGCUACAAACUGUUUGCCAAAUUUCUGCUGGAAGGACAGGUAUGUCCAAAGCUGAAGUCACACACCAGUUACCUGCUCUCCAGUCCCUCAACUAUGCUGAAGACUUGGGCAAAGCUGCAGCCCCGCACUGAAGCCUUGCUGGGGGUGCUGGUGUCCGAGAAGGCAGACUGCCGAGCAGCUCUGCUGUCAGCAUGGCAGAAGAAUGACAAGUAUCUUUUGUCAGCUUACUGCCAGUGGCUUCCUGAAGCCAAGCACCAGGAAGUGGCCAAGAGCUGGCCACCCAUCUGAUCAGGUGUCUACCUGACCCUUUUCAGUACCAGUCACCUAUAGCAGCGUUGCACAUCACUCAAAUACAAUGCAUCCUCUUGGAGAAAAGUCAAAGAUGCAGGAAUUUUUUAUACAGCAUUUCUUCCCAACCAGCUCAU